UUUGUCUCCGUUUGCCUGUCAAUACUGCAUUGCCUGUCCUGCUCCUCCUACAACACUGUAUUGCUCCUUGCAGUCCUUCAAAUACCCUCGAGAAGAACCGACGAGCGUUCGCGAGCUCCCUCUACAGCCACGCCAGAAUGGCAGACAGAUACUCAUUUUCACUCACCACAUUCUCGCCCAGCGGCAAACUCGUCCAGAUAGAAUAUGCUCUGAACGCAGUAAAUCAAGGUGUCACGUCGUUAGGCAUAAAAGCAACCAACGGCAUCGUCCUCGCGACCGAGAAGAAGUCGUCAUCACCUCUAAUCGAUCCUCCUUCCCUUUCGAAAGUAUCCCUCAUCACACCCAACAUCGGCAUGGUCUACAGCGGUAUGGGCCCGGAUUAUCGAGUGCUGGUCGAUAAAGCUCGCAAAGUCUCACACACGAACUACAAGCGCAUCUACAACGAAUACCCACCGACACGGAUAUUGGUUCAGGAUGUGGCCCGAGUGAUGCAAGAGGCUACACAAUCCGGUGGCGUACGGCCCUACGGUGUGAGUCUGCUGAUAGCAGGAUGGGAUGAUGGGAUUGAGCCAGAGACCGUCGCUGCGAAAGAGGGCGAGACCGAAGCAGAGGCCAAACUGGCAAGCAGGAAAACGGGCGGCAUCCUGAAGGGCGGGCCCAGCCUUUACCAGGUCGAUCCCAGUGGUAGUUAUUUCCCUUGGAAGGCCACGGCAAUUGGAAAGAGUGCGACGAGUGCAAAGACCUUUUUGGAGAAGCGAUAUAACGACUCUCUGGAGCUGGAGGAUGCCAUUCACAUCGCGCUGCUAACGCUCAAGGAGACCAUCGAAGGGGAAAUGAAUGGCGACACAGUGGAGAUCGGUAUUGUGGGUGAGCCUGCCAACCACCUUCUCGGGUACGAGGGCGUGGAGGGCGCGGUGGGCCCAAGAUUCCGCAAACUCAGCAAAGAGGAGAUAGAAGACUAUCUGACGAAUCUGUAAGAAUAAAGCUGGACGUUGGGUGCGCAAGCAGAGACUUCAAAAGAGGGUUCCGGUGCCGGAAAAUGUGCUUUCCCUUGCUUCACACUCUUUGGCGCCGUGGUGCCGACCUCAAGAGAAGGAUAUGUCUUUGAGGCUGAUGCAUUAGGGGCGCCAGCUUCUCUUCACCCAUCCACAUAGGGAGGUACGCAUGGUUAUCGGCGCAGGUCGGGACUGGUCUCGAGGAAGGACAGGCUGAGAAGCUUUUUGAGAAGCAUGCAACCAUCAAACCCAAGCAAUUGGAACUCCUACUCGUACAGCCUGGGUUGUCUCAGAUCCAGCCAGCACUCUGCAAUCGCUUUGAGUCCAUCGUUCCGGGGCCACCA